GGAUACAGCUUGGAGACAAAGACCUCGGACGGACAAACGGCGCUCCACAAAGCGGUGAAGUUUGGACAAGAGCAAUCCGUACGGAUCCUCAUACAAGCGGGCGGCAACAUCGAAGCCACCGACUGCAACGACCAGACGCCUCUGCACCUAUCCGCCUGCUACAACACCACGACAACGACGAAGCCGCUGCUGGAUUCGGGUGCGAACAAGGAGGCUCUGGACCGCUGGAGCUGGACCCCCGUGUUCUGGGCCGUCUAUCGCGACUACGACGGGGUAUUCGUGCUGCUCCGCGAUGCCGGUGCGCUCACC